CAAUAUUAACAUAUGUAGGUUUUCGUAAGGACUGCUAGGCUAAUUUAUAAAAUGGAACGCGAAUUGGAUAUAAUCGAUUCCCUACAAGCCUUGUGCUAUAAGGGCAUCUGCUUGGAACAGGAAACACUGCGCACAGCACUUGACAGUGGAAUGAGCAGCGAUACCUUCAGAGAUGUGGUUUUCUGGUUAGCGAACGAGCUCGCAGUGCUCCGUAAGACUGAUGAGCACAUUUCGAGCAGCAAGGAUAAUGACGAGUUUACAUUUGAGCUAUCUUUGUUGCUAACAGAGCUGGGCUGCCCGUACCAACAAUUCGUAACUCUGCCAAUGUCGGAGCGAUUCAAAACCCGUGAGUCGCUGCUUCAACUAUUAGAUUAUCUUACCUGCGAGUUGAUGGCUACAAAAAUGUCACUUAAAAUGCAGCCAUCUGAGCCCCCAAGUAAAAAAUCAAAAAUCGAGACAAAUGUUGAGGAAGCGGUAAAGCAAUUGUCGGCAGACUUGCAGGUUGAGUUGCCGAAGAAUCUCAAUGGCAAAACUCUAUUCGAAAAACUGCAGCCCCGUCUAGAACAGCGCUUAAAACAAGUCAAUCGGAAUAUUGUGAGCGAACCAUUACUUAAGACGUCAAAAUCUUUAACUGAUGCGCAGUGGCGCAUGCUGGAAGCUAUGCACAAGGACCUCGAUAUGGAGUACAAUUUGCGUCGCGAAAUGAUGCUAACGCGUUUAGAGGCGACCGUACAGAGCUUCCAAUGGUCCGAAUCGAUGAAGCAUCGUGAGAAAGAAAUCAACGACCGUUUUCAGCGGAAAAUGUUGCAAUUAGGACUGAUAAAGUAUGGCGGCGAAGAUACUAACAUUGUAGCAUUGCUAGCAGCACGUAGUGACCUGGCCGUGAUUGAGAAGACGAGUUCAGCAAAUGUACGCAAGAAUACAGCGUCGAAAAUACAAAAGCAUGUGAUUGGCAAUGUUCCCGACCGCGGUGGUCGUGCUCAUGAGCAUGCGCCGCCACCGCCGGAGAUGCCCUCAUGGCAGCAGCAACGUGCUGGUGGACCAGCACGUGGAGGUGGAAACUUUCGCGGAGGCGGCGGACAAGGACGUGGUGAUGGAAACUUUCGUGGCCACGGUGGUGGAGGUCGUGGAGGCAGUGGUGGAGGCGGUGGUGGAGGUCGUGGAGGCAGUGGUGGAGGCCGUGGUGGAGGUGGCAAUUGGUCUCAGCAGCCACAGGAACAGCGGGACCAGCAAUGGAUUGGUGGCAGUGGUCGUGUGCAGGGCGCUGGCUGGAACCAAAAUUCACGUGGCUACCAGCGCGGUGGCUACAGAUAGUUCUUAGCUAUCAUUUAUAUCAAUAAAUUAUUAUGAUAUUUAUUAUGAAUUUAA